AUGACCUCGCGCGUCUCCUCUUCCGCGUCCGCCUCUGCCUCUGCCUCUGCCCGUCGACCCUCCGUCUCAGCGAGGCGACUUUCCAGGAGGCUCUCGUCCCUGUCCAGCCUCGAAAAUGGCGAGACUCCUCCUCGUGUUGCGCCGGCGGCACAUGCCAUUACAGAAGAGAUUGCAGAGAUAAAAAGAUAUGAAGAUUUCACCACGAUUGACUGGGUCCAAGACGCGGCUCAAGAACAACUGCGGCGGCGCACCCGGCGGAAAGAGUCCAGGUUCUUUGAGAGGGAUGGUGUCUUGGGCUGGCGGCGCAAACUGUGGGAGUCAUACGAUGCUGCACAGGCUUGGAUCGUCAUCACUCUGGUUGGGAUUGUCAUCGGUCUCAAUGCUGCUGCCCUGAAUAUCAUCACAGAGUGGUUGUCCGACAUCAAGAUGGGAUACUGCACAACCGCCUGGUACCUCAACCAAGGCUUCUGCUGCUAUGGCUCUGAGGAAGGCUGUGAUGAGUGGAAGAGAUGGACUUCGGUCACCGUCGUCAAUUACUUCGUCUACGCCAUCUUCGCCGUGCUCCUGGCCUUCAUCUCCGCCUAUCUAGUCAAGUCGUACGCUCCAUACGCUGCCGGUUCUGGUAUAUCGGAGAUCAAAUGCAUCAUUGCCGGCUUCAUCAUGAAGGGAUUUCUCGGUUUCUGGACCUUUUUCAUCAAGUCAAUCUGCCUGCCCCUAGCCAUCGCUUCCGGGCUCUCUGUGGGCAAAGAGGGACCGAGUGUACAUUACGCAGUGUGCGUGGGAAACGUCAUCUCUCGAUUCUUCGACAAGUACAAGCGGAGUGCUUCAAAAACGCGAGAGAUCCUGACAGCAACCGCCGGAGCUGGUGUGGCCGUCGCAUUCGGCAGUCCCAUUGGAGGCGUGCUAUUCUCUCUAGAAGAGAUGGCGGCUUAUUUUCCGCUCAAGACGCUGUGGAGGAGCUACUUCUGUGCUCUUGUUGCGACCGCCGUGUUGAGUGCAAUGAACCCCUUCCGCACUGGUCAGCUUGUCAUGUUCUCCGUCAAAUACGAUCGAGACUGGCACUUUUUUGAGAUGUUCUUCUACAUUAUCCUUGGCAUCUUCGGUGGACUUUAUGGAGCCUUCGUCAUCAAGUGGAAUCUCAAAGCUCAAGCAUUCAGAAAGAAAUAUCUGUCCAAGUUCGCCAUUCCGGAAGCUGUCAUUCUGGCCGGCGCCACGGCACUUCUUUGCUACCCCAACAUGUUCCUCAGAAUAGACAUGACCGAGAUGAUGGAGAUGUUGUUUCGAGAAUGUGAGGGUGACUACGACUACAACGGACUUUGCGAGGCUAAGAAUCGACUCUCCCUCAUUGGGUCUUUGCUGGUUGCGACUCUGUUGCGCAUAUUUCUUGUCAUCAUUUCCUAUGGGUGUAAAGUACCGGCAGGUAUAUUCGUGCCUUCAAUGGCAAUCGGAGCCUCAUUUGGCCGCAUGCUGGGCAUGAUUGUACAGUGGCUGUAUGAGACAUUUCCUGAUUCAGGAUUCUUCUCCGCUUGUCAACCUGAUGUGCCAUGCAUCACCCCAGGCACGUACGCCUUUCUGGGAGCGGGCGCAGCGCUCAGUGGCAUCAUGCAUCUGACGAUUUCAGUAACCGUUAUCAUGUUCGAGCUUACCGGGGCACUGACAUACAUACUUCCAACAAUGAUUGUGGUCGGUGUAACGAAAGCGGUGGGAGAUCGAUUCAGCAAAACCGGCAUCGCAGAUCGCAUGAUUUCGUUCAGCGGCUUCCCAUUCCUCGACAACAAAGAAGAACAUUCCUUUGGUGUUUCUGUGUCUCAAGUCAUGACUCGCAACAUCACCAUGCUUCCUGCAACGGGAAUGGAAGUCAAAGCGGUACGAAAAUUACUCGAUGACACAUCAUACUCUGGAUUUCCGAUUGUGGAAGACACAGAUUCGAAAAUUCUUGUGGGCUAUAUCGGGAGGACCGAACUUCAAUUCGCGAUCGACCGAGCAAAAAGGCAGGGCACAUUGGCUUCAGAUGCCAAAUGCAUUUUUGUAGCCGAGCAAGAGGAUGGCACCGAGACACCCGCACCACUCAGUCCAACAGUCACCUUAGAUUCGGCGACAGUACGCAGUGUGGAUUUCAGCCCAUUCGUUGAUGCGGCUCCUAUAUCUGUCCAUCCCCGCCUACCUCUUGAGACAGUGCUGGAACUUUUCAAGAAGAUGGGCCCACGCGUCAUCCUCGUCGACCACCAUGGCCGUCUUGAGGGGCUGGUCACUGUGAAAGAUUGCUUGAAAUACCAGUUUAAGGUCGAGGCACAAGAGCAUUCUGCGGCUUCAAGGGAUGACUCUGCAAUAGAACACAAUCGACUCAUCGAUUUCUGGGGCAAGAUUGGCGACUACAUCGCAGACAAGAUCAACAACCUGUCUCGUGGCAGGCUGAGACUGAGUCCUCGGACUGCUCGUGGAUGGACGAGAGUAGCCGAAGACGAUAGAAGGCCUAAUUUCGCAGAUGAUUACAGUAAUGAAAACGAGAUAUUAGAUGGAACAGAAGAUGUGGCAGAGCAUGGCCAAGAAGGCGUCGAACUGCAUACUCGAUAA